UUUGACAGAAAAACACUAUGACAAAUUGUCGUAAUAAAAUCCUCAUCUAAAAAAUAUAAAACACCUUGUAAACUGUAACUUCGCUCUUCAUUACAAAACGAGUUCCAUUAUUUCUAAGAAAAUAAGAUUACCUACGUAACAAUUACUUUAUAACAAGAAAAAACACUGUGUGUAAGUUUACUGAAAGGUCUGGCUUACCUUGAAGAAGAGAAACUUCAUAUCCCAGGUGAUGGAGCCUCAAAACCCAACAGUAUCCUUGUCCCUGGACUCCAUAACCGACAAGCUGGCCAUGCUCCUGCCAUGUGAUGACAACACCUGCUGCUGCAUUCCUCGGAAGAGCACUGUCAUCGUCAUAUCUAUCAUAAACUUUCUGGGCUGCAUGAUGGACCUGAUGUCGAGCGACACGUGCAUGCACGUGUACUGCGAGAUGCGUGAACUUGCCGACUCGCUGCGCAAGCUGCUCGUCACGCUGUUCCAGAUGGCCAAUCUGCUGCUGCUGCUGGCUUCCGUCUUUGAGAACGCGCUACUGGUAGACAUCUACGUGUGGUACACGCUGGGCUACAUCGUGAUGGGGCUGGUGGUGGCCAUCUACGAGUUCGUGGUCAAGACCAAGCGCGACGGCAUCCGUAGCCUCGUCACCUUCGUGCCUGAAGUCGUGUUCCUGUUCGGAUUCACUACAAAAUACAUGUCCACAUUAGUAAAUACCUAA